GGGGGUAAUGUAAUUUUUGUGAAAAUACAUAAUCAUAAGAAACGGAAGUAAAAAAUAACAGAAUGACCAGCGAGGUUCGGGAUAAUGUUGAAAUAUGAAAUACACAAAAUAAGAAAAGUUUGGCAAUGUGUCUGACCAGUAGAGUGUGUCGGACGUGGAAGUGAACAUUUCAGACAGCAAUAACGUAAUGAUGAACCCACGCGUCUGGCAGCACGUCAUUCUGUGUUCUUCAUUUCCUCGUACUUUCCUAUUGAAACCAAACCCAAAUGAUCCUACAUCAGUUUGGCGAAGACAGCGGACGAUGUUGGUCCUCACUUUAACCGCUCUAGUGCUGUGCAUCACCGUACACACGGCUGAAUGUGACAGUAAUGAAGAUGAUUCAGGAGAGAGAAAAACAUCAGUGAAUCACAACAAACAUGAGGAGCAGGAUGAGAAAGUGAAUCACAGCAAACAUGAGGAGCAGGAUGACAAAGUGAAUCACAACAAACAUGAGGAGCAGGAUGACAAAGAGAAACACAAACAAAAAAAGAAGACGAAUAAACCAGUGAAUCACAGCAAACAUGAGGAGCAGGAUGACAAAGAGAAACACAAACAAAAAAGGAAGACGAAUAAACCAGUUUUAGAGAAACACAACAAACAUGAGGAGCAGGAUGACAAAGGCCCAUCUGCUCCCCUGUUGAUUAUCGCUGCCACGUUGGCCGGCUUUGGCCUCGUCAUGAUAUUGUGGAAAGGAACCGUCCAAACCCAGUCUCCUAAACCCUGCAUCACUGAGCAUCAUUACGAAACCAUAGAAGACACUCCCCCAGCUCCAGCACCAGGAAGUGAGAAGCAAUGCAAAACCGUCUAUGCCCUGGCAGACCAUCCAGCAAAAUUGAAGGUAUGAAAAAGUGAUGCUUCCUGUUCGACAUCAGAGACACUGUGGGAUCUAUCCAGUGUCUCACUCGAAGCACACGCCUGUCUAGACGUCUGGAACUACAUCAAAGGAUUUUAGGAUCCUAAUUUUAAUUAGGAUUAAAAGGAGGAUUUUAAUUUCACCCUGUUUACUUUUAGCUGUACAGUUCCAUAUUUCUAACAACACAGGAUUUUCAUUUGUCCUUCUAUCCAUUUAUUGUUUAAUCUGAUUAAUUGUGUGUACAAACAAACAUGUGCAUGUAGAGCGACCUCGAGAGUUAGAUAAGUGCUAUUUAAAUGGAAAGUAUUCUUCUUCUUCUUCUUCUUCUUCUUCUGCUUAUUAUUAUUAUUAUUAUUGCUGUUUAUUUUCCUGACAUUAUGUAGCGUUAUGCUACCUGAGUAUUAUUAAGCAUCAUCUCACCUGCGCCCCUCACCUUUUAUAUAUUCAUUUUUUGUCUGUUUUUGGUUGCUCUGGUUUCUUUGUAGUAAAGAAUGUAUAUCAUUACAAAAAUAAAUAAAUAAACAACAACUAUAGUAUCAUGUAGUUUGUUAGCAAACAGUACCAUUUAAAAGGAAAAAAAAAAGAAAAUGUAAAAAUAUGAAAAAUAAUUUGGAGUAAAAUAAGGUUUGAAGGAGGGACGGUGUUAAUAGAGGACGUGUGUAGUGUGUAAUGUUCAUCUUUUAGCACCAUUUUGCUCAUUUUGCGGUCGGGGGCCAGUAAUUCUGGAUUCAAUACAUUGUUCUAGACAAAACGUUCAUGUUGAUUUUAUGUUGUUAAAUAAACGGUUGUGUUUUAGAUAAAAGGUUUGUGAUUGUGAGCUAAAUCUGUAGCUUGGAGCUUCCUGUAUUUAUAUAAUCACUUCCCUGGGCGAGAUCUCCACGGUUCCUCAUCACUGCACGUCUUCAGGCUUUAUUACCUUCAACAUGCCAAGCAGUAUUACAGUCAGCGGCCAUUUUAGGUCCACCUUGCUGUCCAGUUGACUUCGGAGGGGUAUAAAUA